GAAACUCAGUCGCCCAGUGCUCUAAACAACGCUAACGAUGUCAACACGACCUGAGCUGCAAGCGCCGCCGGAGAUAUUCUAUAACGAUUCAGAGGCUCUCAAGUCUCUCAAGUACACUUCUUCUUCACGUAUCGUCGAAAUUCAGGCGAAGUUGUCAGAGAGAGCUUUGGAGCUUCUUGCUUUGCCCGACGAUGAUGUUCCUCGCUUCUUGCUUGACAUUGGUUGUGGAUCUGGCCUGAGCGGGGAAACAAUCUCUGAGUAUGGGCACCAAUGGAUUGGUCUUGACAUCUCAUCCUCUAUGGUUAACGUUGCUGUGGAACGAGAAGUUGAGGGAGAUCUCUUACUUGGUGACAUGGGGCAGGGCUUGGGUCUUCGUGCAGGAGUUAUAGACGGAGCCAUCAGUAUAUCUGCUGUUCAGGUUUGGGUAUCAAGUAGGAACAGGCCAAGGAAGAUGCAGAGAACGAACAAGAACGGGAAACGAAGGGAAUGGGUCUUGAGGAAGAAGGAACAAAGUAGAAGAAAAGGAAACGAUGUUCCUGCUGAUUCCAAGUACACCGCUAGAAAACGCAAGUCGCGUUUCUGA